AUGCUGCAGCAACCGCAGCAGGUUGGCGUGCAGCAGCAGCAGCAGCAACAGCAACAGCAGCAGCAGCGAGCUGCGGAGCAGCAGGAGAGUCAGGCGAGGCUGCGGUUACCCCAUUUCGGCCCCGCUGAGGCAUACGAAGAUACAGCAGCAGCAGCAGCAGCAGCGGCAGCAGCAGCAGUUCCCGCAGCAGCAGGAGCAGGGGUUGCGAACGGUGGUUCCGGAGCGUCUGAUAUGUGUAUGGAGGGCUGUGCUGCAGCGAACGAGGAGCUGCAGCAGCAGCUGCAGCAGCAGCUGCAGCAGCGACAGCAGCAGCAGCUGCAGGAGACGCCUUUCUUUGGUUUAGUACACAGCACUGACUCGGGCGUCACCGAGGCCUCCUUCAGCAACCCCAAACAAACAAAUGCAAAUAUAGGGAUCCACACAUUCACAGGCGCUACGCCGCUCCCUGUCUGGCCCCCAUUCGUGCAGCUGUAA